AUGGCGUGGACAAGAUUGUGUCAGAGCGCGAGAGCAGCUCUUGGGACAACGAACUCCUGCUCGUCUCUUGGCCUCCCCAGAUUCUACUCCAAGCCAGCCACUUAUUUCGUCAAGGUUGGGAUUCCAGAGUUCCUAGGCGGGAUUGGAGGAGGAGCUGAGACUCACAUUGCCAAAAUCGAAACUGAGAUCGGUGAUCUUCACAAGCUGCUUGUGUUGCGUACCCUCAGGCUCAAGAAGCUUGGCAUUCCUUGCAAACAUAGGAAACUGAUACUCAAGUAUGGCCAGAAAUACAGGCUAGGGCUAUGGAGACCUAGAGUUGACGCUAUCAAGACCUGA